UAUCAAUUUAGUCUUGCUCAUAGUUAAAAUUUAAAUAUGAACUGGACAAACAACUUAAACUGGAUAUUUCUAUCUGUUCUUGUUGCUGUGAGAGCUCACCAACUAUUUCUGCCCAACAUUGUGACCAAACAAGACCCUCCUCCAGACAACUUGGUUGAUCAUUCACUGAAGUACAAAGUGGACACUGCUAAACUUACAAUUGUAAAGGAAGGUAAAGGUAAAGAAGUUGCUGUUGAUAUUCAAUUUCUCUCUGAUAAAUGUCAUAGUUGCUCUUACUAUACUGCUGCCACAAUAUCCGAAAAAACAGUUAACAAAACCAUUUUAGUGGACACAAAGUGGGAAAGCCAUGUUAAAUUGGUCGCACACACAGGAACUAAUUGUACCGUAACAUAUCCAUUUCAUUACAAAGAAUAUGGAAGCUAUGUGGUUAAUUUUACUAUUGACGAUAAGUGUUCUUACAAAGGCCCUGAAGUUGUGAAGAAACCUAUUAAUAGUUUUCUUCCAAUUCUCGUAGCGUUUGUUAUUUUACUCAGCCUAGCUAUGCUUUACACGAUUGCUGAUUUCUGGUAUCGUAAAUAUGGCAGCACUGCGCUACCCCAUGAAACACAAAUUCAUGAAGAUCUUGGCAACACUGAACCAAAUUCAGUUCAAGAAGCAAAUCCGACUCCACUAGUUCGUGAAAAAAGUGAACGUAUCAAAUCGAUUGAUACUUUUCGCGGUUUAUGUUUAGUGGUUAUGGUGUUUGUGAAUUUCAGAGGUGGUGACUAUUGGUUUUUUCAUCAUUCUCCAUGGCAUGGGUUGACAGUUGCUGAUCUUGUAUUUCCUUGGUUUAUGUUUAUAAUGGGAGUUAAUAUUACAUUGUCCAUUAACAGUCUUAUCACCAAAAAUGUGCCAAAUUCGAAAAUUGCGUACAAACUCAUCCGACGUACAGUUCUAUUGUUUGGACUUGGAAUGUUUGUAGUUAACCACAGCACUUCUUGGGCAGCAUUUCGAGUACCUGGAGUUCUACAGAGGUUUGCUAUCGCAUAUUUCUUACCCUUUGUUUUACAAUGGGCAUUCCAUCUUACCCCAAUUGAAAUCGAGACCAGAGCAAAAACAAAUGAAGGAGAAUUGAAAUGGUGGCACUGGUGCAAAGAUGUUGUACCGUAUUGGUUGCAAUGGCUUAUUGUAUUGGCUAUGGAAGCUCUUUGGUUGUUUCUGACUUUCCUUUUACCCAUUCCUGGAUGCCCUACUGGUUACUUGGGUCCAGGGGGUUUAGAUAAUGAUGGGAAAUAUAUCAAUGAAACUUGUGUGGGGGGAGCUGCUGGCUAUAUUGAUAGGGUUAUAUUUGGAGAAGCUCAUAUAUAUGGUCAUCCUACAUGUAAAAAUGUCUACUACCCAACGUAUACAUCUGAUCAAAGAGUUCCAUAUGAUCCUGAAGGCUUAUUGGGUUCAAUUAAUAGCUGUAUUAUUGUAAUACUUGGAUGUCAAGCUGGGAAGAUAUUCCUUUACUAUAAACAUCCAUUAGAUCGGGCUAUGAGAUGGAUUCUAUGGUGUUUUUUCCUUGGAGUUAUCUCAAUUAUUCUGUGCAAGGCUUCUGCAAAUGGGGGGUGGAUACCUGUCAACAAAAAUCUCUGGACCACCACAUUUGUAACUACCUUAGCAUGCAUGGCUUUCUUUAUAAUUCCUGUCAUUUAUUACUUGGUGGAUGUAAAAAAAGUCUGGACUGGAAGACCUCUAGAUUUUGUUGGUAUGAACAGCAUCCUUGUGUAUGUUGGUCAUGAGGUUUUCUCUGAUUACCUGCCUUUUACAUGGGGACCUGGGUCAUACAAUUCACAUGCUGAAGUACUUGCUCAGAAUAUCAUAGGUGUCAGUAUAUGGGUUCUUAUAGCAUAUUACUGCUACAGGAUUAAGUUCUUCGUAAAAAUUUAAAUUUUGCUGUCAAUAGUACAAUAUGUGUGUAAAUCAAAGUGCAAUAAUAAUGUUAAGAGACCGUUGCUUAAUUGUAUAUUUGUUAUGUUUUUUUACUGAUUUGCAAAAUUCAAUGCAGUGUGUAAAAUAUGUAGCAUUAGUAGUUUUUAAAUUGAACAAAUUUGUAUUAACAUUUUGUAAGGUAUCAAAGAAGAAAUUUCAUAUAACUACCACUUUUUAUGUACCUCAUUUAUACCCUUAAAUUGUAUAAUAUAUUUGUUGUAUAAUUACAUAUAAAUUGUAUAAUUACCUGUAAAUUUUUAAUAUUUUGGUGCUGUUUGUCAAUUGAUAAAUAAUAGUGUUGCCUAAAUAUUUAAAUAUAUCUAUUAUAUUAACAUUUUCAUUUAUCAUAUGAUGUUAUUUUGUAAUACAUUUUGAUUCUUCACC